AUGGACGAUCACUUUUCCAAUUUGACUGGCAUCUCGGAACUUUGUAGGACUCUUGUUCGAACAAAGAAGCAUAAGACAUUUAGGUUUGUGUACACACUUGUCAAACUAAUUGUGUCCUUACCGGUGGCCAUUGCAAGUGUUGAGCGAGUGUUCUCGGGGAUGAAAUACGUUAAAAGUGAGUUGAGAAGUAGAAUGACUAAUUCAUGGCUAAAUGAUUGCUUAGUGAAAUUUGUGGAGAAAGAGGUGUUUGAUACAAUCGAUGAUAUGGAUACCAUCCGGCGUUUCCAAGGAAUGAACAAGAGAAUAGUGCAUUUACGAUUAGACUAG